CAGCAUUUCUACCAGGCAUGCCGCUUCACUUUGCCUUGCUGUAGCGUACACGUCACCACACAAGAUAACGAUCUCUUUCUCCACCAUGUUCACGUGUGUUUUUUUCCGACAACAGCAUGCACUUGGAAACAAACCAACGCAGACUUAUAUGGAGAGUGUGACUCACGCGCGUAAAAUCUGCACAUGUCAUAACUUUGAUGUUUCGUUCGUACCAGUGCGGUAAUAAACUCUAAUAAACGUAACUCACCUGAUUAAAUUACACAAAAACAAAUCAAAAACAAUGAAAAAGUUGGUGAAAAGGAGAGUAAAGAGGAAACAGUAACAUCUUUUACACCAAUCACACAAAUAACGUAAUCAAUAGAAGAAAAACUUUUGCAAACAUUCUUUCUUUACGAAGAGAGAGACGACCACCGUCGCCGGGAAGUGACGUCACCAUAAAAGUUGUCAAUGGGUGCCACAGAGCCUGCGGUUGAAGAGAGAGAAGAAACAGAGAAGAAGCAGAGAGGAGUAAAGGCUGUGGAGGAGGAGGAAGGAGAAGGAGAAUCAAAGGAUAAAGAACAUCACAGAUUCUUGGCGAGUUUAAACAGAUUAAACCCAACAAACCCUCUUAGGAUCAUCGUUAACAAUGGCGGCGGUACUAGAUACACUACUCCUCCUUCCUCAAGAGCUCCUCCGCCGACGCAGACGCAGCCGCCUCCCACUCGGGCGCCACCGCCGGAAGAGCCUCACCCUCCGCCGUCUCCUUCUCCAUCAACACCACCGCCUCAGCCGCUUCAACAACAAUCUCGUUCCAUCUUCACACCAACCCCUCAAACUUUAGCAUCACUGAACUCAACGAAGUACACAAACAAGUUCUUCCUCCUCCUCUUCAUCCUCCACAAGGUCGUGGCCAUUGCCUUUGUUUGCUUCCUCGUCUUCAGAGGCGUCCAAGGUCUAAUAGGCUCCAACGGUAACAACGUCAAAAGGAAAGAGCAAAGGAUCCUCAAGUUCCUUCUUCCGCAAGUCGAAGCUGCGUCCUUGCUCAGCAUCAUUCUCGCGUUCUCUUGGCAAAUGGCGUUUCGUCUAUGGCCUGAGUUUAUGAUCCACUUCAUACUCUGGAGUACCUUCUUGAUGUCUUUAUCCUCAGGGAUACUCUUGCUGUGCUUCCAGAUGCCGGCAACAGACGCUGUUGGGGUUUGUCUUAUUGCAUUCUCCAUCGGUAAUGGUUUAUACGCUUGCUGGAUCACUCGGAGGAUCAAGUUCUGUUCCAAAAUACUGGUCAAGUCGUUAGAGCCUGUUUCUAAAUUCUCUGAUCUUAACUUACCGACUUACUACAUGCUAGCUGCUGGUUUUGUCUGGAUGUCGCUUUGGAUUUUCGGUGUCAUUGGUGCAUUGAACUUCUAUUUUCCACCGUUGGUGAUUAUUGGUUUGGUGUUGAGUUUGGCUUGGACGACGGAAGUGAUGAGGAACGUUGUUAACUUAACUGUGAGUAGGGUCGUUGCUUUGUUCUAUCUUAGGGGGAUGCAGUCUAGUACUCGGUUUAGUUUCCAAAGGGCUUUGUCUCGUAACCUAGGGAGUGCGUGUUUGGGAUCUUUGUUUGUUCCAACGAUUGAAGCCUUGAGGAUAGUGGCGAGAGGGUUGAAUUUGCUCAAGGGUGAAGAUGAGUUCAUGUUUUGUUGUGCUAAUUGUUGUCUUAAUCUCAUGACCUUCAUAUUUGAGCAUGGCAAUGGCUGGGCCUUUGUGCAGAUAGCAGCGUAUGGGAAAGGAUUUGUGAGGGCGUCACAAGACACAUGGAAACUGUUUGAGGAUGCAGAUAUGGUUGAGAUAGUAGAUGCAGACAUAACAAGCUCAAUAUGCUUCCUUACAGGCAUUUGUAGUGGCUGCGUUUGUGUUAUUAUGGCGGCUGCUUGGACAUACACGGUUUACAAACCUUUUACAGCUACCAUCUCCUUGCUUGCCUUCUUCAUUGGAUACCUCAUGACGAGGAUCUCAAUGGCAUUGCCUCACGCCUGCGUAAGUUGCUACUAUGCAUGCUACGCUGAGAAUUCAGAAAGCAGAUUCUUCGACAAAACUAUAAGAGAUAGACAAGCUUUGAUCAAGAAUGGCCGUGUCGUUGUCCCUACUACCCCUAGAGUCCGCCGCGCUGUAGCCUAACCCAGCCAUGGCUCUGCGUAGUCUCUUUGUUUUCCUUCCAUGCCUGAUUGAAAAGGCUAGGUGUUAAUUUUUUCGGAAAUCAAAUAAAUAGUUUUUAAAUAUAAAAAUUGUAUUCAAAACUUGAAAAUUAAUUUAAGAACAGUAAGAGUGAAGUGUCAGUGACUCACUAUUAGUGGAUAGAUAGACAAGAAGAGCUCAGUGACAUGGACACAAUCCAACUAAUGUGCCAAAAUGUUUUUCUACUUUUUUGAUUGUUGUUGGGACCCCUCAAUUACUUUAUGUAGAUAUAUUUAUUUCUUCAUUAUAUUUUGGUUCCUGACUGUAAAAGGGUAUAUUCCUUUCUCGAUUUUGUAAAGUAGUUGAUUUUCUUUAUUUGCUUGGUUGGUAGGUAGAUCGGUAGAUGUAAAGUUGUAAACAUUUGAUGAAUUAUUAUUUCAAUAAUAGUUAUUUUGC